CCUGAUCCGACAUUUAUUCUCCGGACAUCGGAUACGGUUGCCGAAUAGGGCUCACGCGGAUGCAUUCAUGGUCAGGAAUGUUGUCCCGCUGCCUCAUCCCAGAAGCGGAUACGCUUUGGCUGGAGACCACUCACGUUAUUGGACUGUUCCACGCGGAGCCGUGUAGUAGGGCGCCGAUGCCAUUGUCUGGAAAAUGAGUUCCAGGCUUUAGCUUUUUUGCUGCACAGUUUGCCUGCCCUUCGGCCGAUGGGAUCUUGUACACAAGAACAGCCAAAGCGAGAAAAGGCAUGAAAGAUAAUAUUCGCUUCUCCCUACUUUUCUUGAGAACUUGUAGCUUAAACUAGCAUAGAGUUAUCAAGAGAGAUUGUAGAUGGUUCAAUUUCAGGACCGAGCCUUUUUUACGACCAGAAGGCACCCAAAAAGAUUAGAAUGCCACCCAAAAUCGUCUCAAGUAAAAAAAGAAGACAAAGACACGCUAGAAUCUGCCUGUGCAAGUCCCUAGACUGCUCCAACAAAGGAAUAAAGCAAGCCACAGGACUCCAAGUGAAAUGGGGUGAAUCUUUCCAGGACGUGGACGAGAACUCGGCCCAAGUGAUCGGGGCCUAUGCUCAUCACAUAUUUUGACAAUUCAUGACCUUCCAUGACCCUUGAUCGACAUGAGCGAUUUCGAAUGACGCGUGGUUGGAAGUGCAUACGUGACACAAUCUAGCUAACGUGAUCGUGUUUCUUGGGCAAAAUGAAUAUUCCGGCCCGGAUAUCUCCGAGUCCGGAUGCCUGGCAAAUCCCGUCCAUCGAUACUACUUACUACCAUCAUGAGCGACGCGAUACCCGAGAGCACACUGCCCUACCCACCCGUGCACGACAACAAGCCGUUCGUCGUUCUGUCGGACUGGGAUGGCACCAUCACAUUGCAGGACUCCAAUGACUACAUGACGGACAACCUCGGAUUCGGCAAGGACAGACGCCGACAGGGGAAUCUGGACGUGUUAGCUGGGAAGCAGACGUUCCGGGAUGGGUUCCGGGAGAUGCUGCAGAGCAUCGUGGCGAAUGGCUGGGACUUUGACGCAUGCAAGGAUGUGCUCCGGAAGAACAUCAAGCUCGACCCGGGGUUCAAAGAAUUCUACGCGUGGUGUGAAGCUGCUGAUAUCCCGUUCGUCAUUGUAUCGAGCGGAAUGGCGCCCUCCAUCCGCGCAGUCCUCUCGAACCUCCUCGGAGACGAGGUGGCAGAACGCAUCGACAUAAUCGCUAAUGAUGUUGAGAUCCAGCCAGACGGCAAAUGGACCAUCAAAUACAGACAUCCCUCGAGCUGUCUUGCGCGUACAGCGGCUUCGGCCAUGACAAGUCGCGCGCGAUCCUGCCAUACAAAGACCUCGCCAACCCGCCCCUGCUGUUCUUCUUUGGAGACGGGGUAUCAGGCAAGUCUUGCCCCGCAUACGAUAGUACACCGCACCGUGCUGACUUCUGCAGACAUGUCUGCGGCCAGACACGCCGACGUGCUCUUCGUGAAAGAGAAAUUGGACGGCGAGAAUGAUCUCGCGGCGUACUGCGUUCGCGAGGGCAUCCCGCAUAUCCUCUUCAGCGACUUUGCGCAGGCGCUGCAUGUAGUGCAAGCCGUGGUCAGCGGUGAAAAGACCGCACAGGAGGUGCUUGCGAUCGGCAAGGCGUGA